AUGAAAACAGAAGAGUUCACCUUCCCUAAGGUUUAUCCUGAUAACGUCGACAAGCAUUUGAAAGUUAUACCAUCUUUGUGGAGAAUUUCCUCUCUUGUUCAUUCCAACAGAACAGAUUUUGACCUCGAAAAUGGAGCAAGAGGAAAGAUUUUCAGGAAAAGUUUCUCAAAGUUACAAGGAGAAAUGAACAAGGAAGCCACGAAUGCAGCAGCAGCAGCAGCAGCAGAAGAAGAAGAAGAAGAAGAAGAAGAAGAAGAAGAGAAGAUGGACAUGCUGUGGGAAGAUUUCAAUGAGGAAAUGAUUCAUCAGAGCAUUUCUUGUGUGGAAAGCAGUGGCUUAGAUUCUGAAUCCGAGAAUAAGGAAGAAGCCAUAGGGGAACGCAGUAGUUGUCACUUGAAAUCUGUUUCUCCAAAGAAGAAAAACUUGGUGCUGGUUGUCAACGUUUUCAAGAAGGUCUUCUUACUUCAAAAUAGGGCUUUGAUCAAGAAAAGAGAUUUAAGCAGAGUUUAA